AUUUGAUUCUAACCGUUCAUAUCUAGCCACCAUUACGUUAAGGUAACCAACAGCAACAAGUCUGGAUGACGUCUAAUGACAGUCAUCUUUGAGGCGAUGGACUAUAAGUCUCCCUUUGUUAUCCUGGAAGCUGAUAGGAAAACUUCAUUUCUUGUGUGUACAGCAAGACAUGAUUGUGUCCAAUUGCUCGAGACUCAAUGGCUGGGAUUUGCAACUACUUCAAGGUGUUUCAGGUUUUCAUCCACUGUCUAAAAUCAAUAUUCUCGUAUCUCAGUUUCGCGUUGACUGAUGGGGAGUGAUAUCACGAGAAAGUUAUCUUCUUUAUCAUCGUAUGACAUCAACCUUAGCCAAGUCUAUCAUUCUCUCUUGAGCUUGUCGAAAGUCCGUAAAGCUUCUUGUGAUUAGUUCUUUCUACACAUUCAUGAUUAUAUCUUCGAGUGGUAGUGUCAAAAUGGAGAACUCCAGGAAAUUUUCAUCCGAAGCUUCACAGAACCUUGGAAGUUCUGCUGGAAGCAUUCGCAAAGCAGAACCUGGUACAAGUUCAUCUCCGGAUCAAAAGUUAGUGCCUGGCGCUUGUGAUCCACCCAAAAUAUCUCUGGGCUCCAUGACCAUUGCUCGGAUCUAUAUGGAAGACACACCUUACGGCUUCUACAUUCAGGUGUACGAAAGCAACUCGAGAAAAGCGCAGCGAUUCCGCAUGGCAGACGCGAACCUGGGAGAAAGCUGCUUGGACUUUAUGACCAUGACUCCGGUCAAGUCGUUCGUGAAGGUGACAAUCUUCAACAAACGGGAUGGGAAGACCGUCAGAAUUGAGUGCCUUGCCCUGAGAGAUAAAGGUUAUGAUUGUGGUAAUAUAUAUUUGUCUCGUAAUUCCCUGGCGAGAAGGUUCGCUCAUAUUGUGUUUAGAGUUCGAGAAGAAAUUGUCAGGAUCUCGAUUCACGAGCUCUCUAAUUUUUCAGAAGUCGUCAAUGCAAACAGCUGUACUUCUGGUUCUUCAGGAGGAAGUGGUGGUGCAGGCACCAACAACGAUCGCAAGUGUGAAGGUGCUGUCAAUACUACCGUAGACAUCGAGGUCGACCCUUCGCUCUCUGCUUCUUCUCUUGAUUAUAGCGAUAGUGAUGAUCUCUCUCCAUCACGUUCGGAGAGUUCUACUCCAGACUUUUCGGAGAGUUCAUCUACUUCCUCUUCGCUCUCCCUUGAUACAAACAAUCAACCAGGCGCAUCUCAUGGUCUGGUUGGGCAGGUUCCACUGGCUUCCAAAGAAAUAGCCAACCGGGUCAGAUCGGUUGAUUUAGUUCAUCCAAGAUUGAUCCAGUCUGUUAAAGAAGAGAAGUCCAUGCCUCCUUCCAUGACCUUUGGUAGAAGUGACGAGGAGUUGGUACCUCUUUUAGGGCCUGAUUCCAGAGGAGCAAACCGGAAGAAGAAAAUUGCUCGGAUGAUGAAGAAAGCUGGAACUGUUUUCAACCAAUUUGUCCGAUUCUCAAACUUUUCGGCCCUUCAUAUAUAGAAAUGAAAAAGCACGAGUUUUCCGUGAUGAUCGUGUCUGUCCGUUGAGUAGUUCGAUAGCGCACAAUCUGGGAUUUCACAAAGUUAGACGUGCAAAUUAUGCCGUUUCUUCAGUGGUAACUAAAAGUUCUGCACGUGGGGUGCUCUGCAUGCCAACCUAACGUGCUUUCUUUGG